AUGACCAGCAAAACUUCUCCAUUGAGUACUUUCGCUACAAGCAAGGCGAGCAAUACCGUCGGGGUCAGCUCAUCAACCGUAAUCGGAGAUGGCCUUUCCAGUCCAUCGCCGAUUCAGACUGGCAUGACCAACAUCUGUUAUUCAUACCAACUUGUUGCAUCUGGGGACACCUGUGCGGCAAUCGCUUCUGAUGCCGAUAUCGCUCUUACCGACUUCUAUAGCUGGAAUCCUGCGGUCGGUACCGACUGCGCAAAUGUGGAUAUUGGAGAUUAUGUCUGCAUCAAAAUCCUUGGAUACGGAAUCAGCGUGUCCGCAGUGGCAACAGCCAGUCUUGAUAGCUCUAAGGCAGUAGCAACUUCUGCUACUUCUAGCACAAGCACUGGUGACGGUAUUGCUACACCAUCUCCCAUUCAGACCGGUAUGGCUGCUACCUGCGAUGCCUUCUACUUGGUCGUUUCAGGUGACAGCUGCUCGGCCAUUGAAACGAGUCAAGGGAUUUCCCUCACCAAUUUCUAUGCCUGGAACCCUGCUGUCGGCACCAGCUGUGCGUAUCUGGGACUGGGGGAUUACGUUUGCGUUGGCAUUGUUGGUUAUACUGCCACUACUACCACCACCACUGCUACUACUACUACUACUACCUCCACUGGUAAUGGCAUUACUACGCCGACAUCUGUCCAGACCGGCAUAGUCUCGGACUGUAACACAUUCUAUUAUGUAGUCUCGGGUGACGGCUGUUCCAGUAUUGCGACGUCGCAGGGUGUCACGGUUGCUGAGAUUGAAGCAUGGAAUCCGGCGAUUGGUACUGAUUGCACGAGCCUCUGGCUUGAGACAUAUAUUUGUAUCGGUGUCGUAUAA